AAACGCGCGUGGUGGGACGUCGACGACGCGACCUAUAAAGUUCGGUUCGGAGGAAGGGAGCUUCAUAGGCGCCUUACGACCUGUCUGCGCUCAUCGCCUACCUAGUAGUAUCAGUGGGAUCUGGGUACGAUGUCGUGUGGCAGUGACGAGCGCUGUAACGGGAUGGACACUCACAGUGGACCUUUAUUGCCUGAUGUAGAGACAGGUGACAAAGACGUGGCCCGCAAAAGAGCCUGUUCUUCAUCUUUAUCUUCCCCUUUGCUGAAGAAGAGGAAGGACUACCUGUCUUGGGAAGACUACUUCAUGGCCGUUGCUUUCUUGAGUGCACAGAGAAGCAAAGACCCAAACUCACAGGUUGGGGCCUGCAUAGUAAACCCAGAGCACAAGAUUGUAGGGAUUGGAUACAACGGAAUGCCCAACAACUGUAGUGAUGACGAGCUACCGUGGCAGCGUGAAGCUCCUGACAGACUAGAUACCAAAUAUCCAUAUGUGUGCCAUGCUGAGCUGAAUGCCAUUCUCAACAAAAACACAUCAGAUGUAAAAGGUUGCACAAUGUACGUUGCUCUGUUUCCUUGCAACGAAUGUGCGAAGCUCAUCAUUCAAUCUGGAAUGAAAGGAAGUGGUGUUUAUGAGUGACAAGUAUCAUGAUAAGCCUGAAAUUAUUGCAUCUCGCCGCCUGCUGAACAUGGCGGGAAUCAAGUACAGCCACUCCGCUGGAUUCGUUGGAACUUACUACUGUUGGUUCUUCGAGGUCUUCUAAGAGCAUGACAAUGUCUGCCCAGUGGAGUACUGGCAGCACUAGCGGUAUGUUCAUAUCCUCUUCAUGAAAUGGUUCGUCCCUGACCGUGUCUGGAUCGAUAUCGGUAUCGAUAACCACCUGAUCGCCGUCGGGAUCUGUGGACAUAGAUCGUUGCAAAUAUAGCUACAAAACAUGCAACCAACGAAGACUUGCCAUAUUCCUUACUCUGAUCCCUUGUUCUCUUCUUACGGCCUUUUCGACCCGCAUGCGCAGAAACGUCGCUGUCCAGCGUUUAUUUUCCCGCUCGUCGUUUCAUGGAUAUUUGGACUUUUAUCCAAAAACUCCUGAGCACAUACAAUUUAUUGUUUCUCCCAGUAGCGGACAUCUACCAUUAUAACGCACAAUAGUCGUUGUGUAUACCAACCGCUACCACCAUGGACUCAAUCAACAUCCGAAUUCCAGAAAACUGACUAG